AAGCAAAGACAUCACCUAUGCCACCUUUUUCAUUAAAUAAUAACCUUCCUUCCGGGUCACUUGACGUUCAACUCUAGGUUAAAUAUGUAGCAAGUCACUCCGUUUGCCUAGAAAAGACUGUAAAAACAGUAUUUUUUUGAAAAAAACUAUAAAUGCCGUUUUUUAGUGCCUCAGAGUACAAAGCACAAGUAUUUUGGUACAUGAGGCUGGCAUUUAUGACCCGUUCUGCUUAUAUAUCAGUCAUUGUUAUCUACACAUUUUCCACACCUCAAUAGCCCUCGUCAGAUGUAUUCUGAAUCUCUGUCGAAAUCUCUGCUACAUCGGGCGCAGCUCAAGCACACGCAUUCAACAGGUGUACGCGUUCAUGGAAGUUGUUAGACGAAAAGCUCUGAAAUGGCUUUAGUCUGACAACGAAAGUGUACCCCCUCAAACAUCAUCAGCUACAAUGUCUGCCUUAGGGCAGAUCGUGACCUCUUUGCUUCUUUUCUCCCUAUCACACACUCAAUAUAAUACAGUACAGGGAGACAGACAGCAGAAUCAGCAGAGUGCCUAUGAACCAUCGAGAGUAGAACGUUUUCCAGAUUCACAAAUGCCUGCACUUGAAAUCGGUGAUGGAUCCCGCACGCAACUCGGCUGGGAAGAGAAAUCCAACCCAGUAAAACAAAUGCAGCCAGAGCGACAAUUGUUAGUGCUGAACGAGUAUUUAGAUGCAACCCUACGCGAAAUCCGUGAAAGUCCCCACCUGCGGAAGGUUCUUGAUCCGCUUCGACUCGAUAAAGAACCAAUCCGCUUCCAAAACGGACAUAUCCAUGACGUUCGUAUUGGCGGUCUCCUGUCACUUCACCGCCAAGGCAAUGUUUCCCUUUUAGCCAAUGAAGGAAUUCUGCUCGCUGAACUUGCCGUAACAAACCUUAGCGUGUCCUUCCAGUACCAAUAUACACUUGUCUCACAAUUAAAGUUCGAAGGUAGAUUCGAUGGUUCAUUGGAAAAGUUGUCUGCGACGCUUCACAUUAGGCUUGCCGAACACACCUCUCAACUACUGUUAUUCGAAGUUGUCGACGUUGGCCGCUGCAGAGUUCAUAAGUUUACAGGUGCCUCACGCGCUCUUAACUGGGCUAUCCGUAGGGCUUUGCAGUUCACGAUUAAUUCUAAUCGCGAUCGAAUACGCAGAAAGGUGGAAAGCGUUUUACGACCCGUUAUCGAGGACGAACUUCGGAAGGUUAGCCUCGAAAAAAUCAUCGCUAAUAUCCUCCACUAGCGGUUGUUACAAACUGUACCGUAU